AAACUCCCACCACCCUACCGCCGCUAUCUCGCAUCUUUUCCUCCCUUCAUCUCCAAUUUAUUUAGAAUCAGUUUUCCGAGUCAGAUUCUCUGAUUUCUAUUGCUCAUUCAGGUUUUUCGCAGCUCAGAUUUGUUGAAUUAGUGAGUUAGCAACCAUGGCUUCGCGAUUUUGGACUCAGGGUGGUGACAGUGAGACAGAGGAGGAGGAGAGUGAUUAUGAGCAGGAGGAUAAUGAGGUCCCAGUUGAGGACAUCAAUAAGGCUGCCAAGAGUAAGUAUCUUCAGGGCAGUGAUACUGAAAGUGAUGAUGAGGAUGGGCAAAAGCGUGUUGUCAAAUCUGUGAAGGACAAGCGGUUCGAAGAGAUGACAGCUACUAUUGACCAGAUGAAAAAUGCUAUGAAAAUUAAUGACUGGGUCAGCCUGCAAGAGAGCUUUGACAAGAUUAAUAAGCAAUUGGAGAAGGUGAUGCGAGUCAAUGAGUCUGACAGGGUGCCAAAUGUUUAUAUUAAAGCUCUUGUUAUGUUGGAAGACUUCUUAAAUCAGGCGUUAGCUAAUAAGGAGGCGAAGAAGAAGAUGAGCAGUAGUAAUGCUAAGGCACUAAAUUCGAUGAAGCAGAAGCUGAAGAAGAACAAUAAACAGUAUGAAGAGAUGAUUAACAAGUAUAGGGAGAAUCCUGAAGUUGAGGAGGAAGAAGAUGGAGAUGAUGAUGACGAGGAUGGGGAAGAUGAGGACUCAGAGUUUGAGGAAGACCCUUCAAAACUUGGUAUGGAAUCUGAUGCAGAAGAAGAUGAGGACAAGGAAGCUGGUGAGGAUGAUGCAAAUGAAACUGGUCCAGGGUGGGAAAAGAUGAUGAGCAAAAAAGAUAAGCUCAUGGAUAAACAGUUCAAGGACCCAAGUCAAAUCACCUGGGAUACAGUCAACAAGAAGUUCAAGGAGAUUGUAGCUGCAAGAGGAAGGAAGGGAACUGGAAGGAUUGAGUUGGUUGAGCAACUCACAUUCUUGACCAGAGUUGCCAAGACCCCUGCUCAGAAGCUUGAGAUUUUAUUUAGUGUUGUCUCUGCGCAGUUUGAUGUUAAUCCUAGUCUAAAUACUCACAUGCCCAUAAACGUGUGGAAGAAGUGUGUCCAAAAUCUGCUUACCAUACUUGAUAUUUUGACUCAAUAUGCAAACAUUGUGGUUGACGACAUGGUAGAGCCUGAUGAAAAUGAGACACAAAAGGGGACAGAUUAUAAUGGUGCUAUUCGGAUUUGGGGAAACUUAGUAGCUUUCCUUGAAAGAAUAGAUGUGGAAUUUUUUAAGAGCUUGCAGGUCAUUGAUCCACACACCCGUGAAUACAUUGAGAGGCUUCGGGAUGAGCCCACAUUGGCAGUUCUUUCUCAGAAUGUGCAAGAAUAUCUGGAAAGGGCUGGUGACAACAAGGGUGCAGCGAAGGUAGCUCUUAAACGGGUUGAACUCAUAUACUAUAAACCCCAGGAGGUAUAUGAUGCAAUGAGGAAGUUGGCUGAACAGAAUGAAGGUGGAGAAGGUGAGACAGAUGGGGAACCAAAAGCGGUUGAGGAGAGCAGGGCCCCACCAUCAUUUGUUGCAACUCCAGAAAUUGUGCCGCGGAAACCCACCUUUCCUGAGAGUAGCAGGACAUCGAUGGACAUCCUGGUUUCGCUCAUCUACAGGUCUGGUGAUGAGCGGACUAAGGCCCGUGCAAUGCUUUGUGACAUCUACCAUCAUGCUUUACUGGAUGAAUUCUCGACAUCGCGUGACCUAUUGCUGAUGAGUCACUUGCAGGAUAGCAUUCAGCAUAUGGAUAUUUCCACUCAGAUACUAUUUAACAGAGCAAUGGCACAACUUGGAUUGUCUGCAGUUAGGGUUGGACUUAUAGCUGAAGGACAUAGCUGCCUGUGUGAACUGUACUCCGCUGGACGAGUGAAGGAAUUGCUUGCGCAAGGUGUCUCACAAAGUCGAUUCCAUGAAAAGACACCAGAACAGGAACGGAUGGAAAGGAGGCGCCAAAUGCCAUACCAUAUGCAUAUAAAUCUUGAGCUUCUUGAGGCUGUCCAUCUGAUUUGUGCCAUGCUGCUUGAGGUUCCUAACAUGGCAGCCAACAGCCAUGAUGCUAAGCGCAAGGUUAUCAGCAAGACUUUCAGACGGCUGCUUGAGGUGAGUGAGAGGCAGACAUUUACUGGUCCCCCUGAAAAUGUCAGGGACCAUGUAAUGGCAGCCACAAGGGCUCUUAGGCAGGGAGACUACCAGAAGGCCUUUGAUGUUAUUAAUUCCCUUGAUAUCUGGAGGUUGCUCCGCAACAAGGACAGUGUCCUUGAGAUGCUAAGGGCUAAAAUCAAGGAAGAGGCACUUCGCACCUACCUUUUCACAUAUUCAUCCUCUUAUGAUUCCCUCAGCCUGGAUCAGCUUGCAAAGAUGUUUGACCUUUCAGAUAAGCAAACUCACAGCAUUGUCAGCAAGAUGAUGAUCACUGAGGAGCUUCAUGCAAGUUGGGACCAGCCAACCCGGUGCAUGGUGUUCCAUGAUGUUGAGCAUACUAGGUUGCAGGCAUUGGCAUUUCAUUUGACAGAGAAGCUGACUGUUCUUGCCGAAAGCAAUGAGCGAGCACAAGAGUCGCGAAUUGGGGGUGGAGGAUUGGAAAACCUUCCCCUGAGGCGUAGGGAUGGCCAUGAUUAUGCUGCAGCAGCAGCAGCUUCUGGUGGCACUGCUAGAUGGCAAGACUUGUCUUUCUCACAAGGCAGGCAUGGAACUGGUGGGGGUCGGACAGGAUAUAAUGCCGGAGGAAGAACAUAUUCAGGGCAAGCUGGUGGCUUUUCUAGGGACAGAACUGGUCAGUCUCGUGGAGUUGGGAGAACUUACCAAACUGGUUCAGCUGCCAGGGCGAGCCAGAUGGAUGGUUCCACACGUAUGGUCAGUUUGAACAGGGGAGCCUACGCAUAGAGUAGCAGAAAUAGACGAACCAGCACUGCAAUAGCGCAUCUUUUCAACCUUUUGAAGCUCAUCUAUUUUAUGUAAUCAUUCUGAAAUUAUUGAUUGUUCUACAGAGGAGUUUGGUCUAUGAUUCCUAGUCAAGCCUUUGUUAACUUAUGAACGGAUACUUUGUUUGUUCCGUCUUAUUAGGAAAAUUUUGUAUGUCAAAAACACUUCUUUUUAGCUUUUUGAAGUUUUGGUUGUGGCUUGUGUGUCUGGAUUCUCUUCAUCUACUGAAAACAGCGAACUUGGGCGAACUUUUGAAUAGCUUCCAGCUUAUGAUUUAUGCCA